AUGGCUGCAAAAGCAGAGUUGUACGAAUUUUAUCAGAGGUUUGGCCAUCACCCCGAUCGUGACACCUUUGAUUUUGCUUCACCCAAUAGCAUCGUGUCCCACAGGUCAUCCGUGGAGAUGGCCGUUGUUCGCAUGGAUUAUGCGGGUCUCAUGAAGGCCGUCAGAUUUGCCCAGGGGAUGGACAUGGACAAAGACUCCCACAAAACCCUUCUGGUGUAG